UUAAUCAAAGUAAACAAUAAAAACUUGAUGUCAGAUCUGAAAUAUGUGGCAUUUACGCUUAUUACACAUUUAUAUAUUUUGCAUGUUUUUGUCACUGAGGCAGCCUAUAUGGACAUUAGUAAAUACAUGCGGUAAUCAAAUAGUUUCACAGAAAAGAAGUGAUGUCAUAAAUCCUGUAAAACAGCUCCACCCAGUGGAGAUCUGUGGCAAAGACCAGAACAUUCCUGAAGACUCUGGACCUCCUCCACUUAGUAUAUAUAAACUGGGACAGUCUCACUGCUGAGACAGAAAGCAAGACAAGCAACACCAAGAAGACAACAGACACCUGAACAGUGUUUCAUCUCACAAGAAGAGGACUCAACACUAAACCCACUGAAGAUGCUGUGCUCUCAUGGAGUCCAGUCUGCACUCAGUCCAUUCAUGGACUUCUACUGGCCUGUACGCAGUCUGUGGCCAGAGAUCAAGCCUCUGUUCUACCAGCAGGAUCUCCUGCAGAGAAACCUACAGGAGCUGUGCAGCAGUCUGGAGCUGAUGGAUAAACUUCAACACAGGAUCCUGGAGGAGACAGAUCCUUUCCAAAGCAGCAUGGCUGUGCAGCCAGUUGCCGUCCAGCUGGAGAAAGAGGGAGACAAGUUUGCUCUGAUGCUGGACACUCGAGGCUUUUCCCCAGAGGAGCUGUCUGUCAGGCAGGUGGGCAGGAAGCUGAGAGUCAGUGGCAAGACAGAGAAGAAGCAGGAGGACGGGAAAGGCUCGUACUCUUACAGACUGCAGGAGUUCAGACAGGAGUUUGAUCUGCCUGAAGGACUGAACCCUCAAGCCAUCACCUGCCACCUGUCUCCAGAUGGGAAGCUCCACAUCCAGGCAGCCAAAGCUCCGUGUGUUGAAGAGGCUGAGAGAGAGCUGACUAUCAAGAGGAGCUCAGAGGACAAAGCACAGCAGAGUGUGUGUUCACAGGCAGAAGACAGCAGGACAGAGACACACAGCAGCACACAGGACAAACCUGAAAACAUGGAUAUGAAAUGAUACCAAUGUAAAAUAAAUGUUUUUGUAUUGAUAUUCAUUCAGUCUUCAUGUGUUGAGAAAUAAAUGUUAUCAAAGCUUAACUAUGUUUUCUGUGUCUUUCUUUCUAAGUCCUACAUUAAAAAGAAAGAAAGAAAAAAAGCACAGAGGAGGAUAGAAGGAGUUUUAUUGAGGUCCUGUGAUCCAUGCAUCCAAGUUCUCCAGCUCUAAAAUUCUAAACUUUAUGGCUUUUAAAAAUAGAAACAAAUGAGGACAAAUUGAAUUUGGUAGUUCAGACUGAAAGCUGUUGUUUAAUUCAACACCAUCUGGGUUUGAUGAAUGAGCUCCUGGCUUUAUCUGAGUUAACACUUCAUAGACCAGGUGGUUUCAGAGUAGUUCAUGCAAUCUUAUUGUCUGUUCCAAAAAUGUGACAACACUCGAUGUCAAAGCGAACAACAGAACAUUCAGUUCACAAGUAAGAAAAAUCAAAUACUGCGCAAUUAGUUUCCACAAGUUCUGUGUGUGUGUGUGUGUGUGUGUGUGUGUUGCUUUUCAAUUUCCAGUAAUCUAUUAAACAAAUGAAAGUUACAGCCUUCAAACAAACAUGAAGAAUGUACCAAGUAUUGAUAAAUUGAGCAAAUAUUUUACAAGCCAGACUAUUUCACCAUAUAAUUUAACAACAAUUAUAUACUGCACAUGUGAUAAUUACUAACAUCAUGCUAUUUGAAGUUAGCAAAAGACAUUUGCAAAAACAUAUUCUUAUUAAGAAUUAUUAAGUGAACUCGGCACUCUUGAGAAACAACCCAUCCUAGUGGAUAUAUGUGGUAAUGGCUAUAGGUUGAAACAUGUUCACCUGUUUCUCUACACAUUCUUAGAAUUUGGAGUUUAUGUUAUUUGAUUUUAAUAAUAUGUUUUGGAUUAUAAAAUUGAUUUGAACUAGUGUUUAAAAAAUAUCAGCAUGAACCCAAACAUUUUUUGAUCAGUAGACAAAUAGCUUUUCACAUCAGACAUGAAGUGCAUUCAGUUCACAAGUGACGUCAGAAGUUCUGUGAAACAGCUCCACCCAGUGGAGAUCUGUGGCAAAGACCAGAACAUUCCUGAAGAUUAUGGACCCCUUCUAGGGAAAUGGUGUACAUCUAAGGCUUACCUCCAAUGUUUGCAUUUAAAUUCAUAUUUAAAUCAAUGGACUUGUUAAAAACAAAUUCACUGCAUAUAUGGUUAGAAUGGAUAUUCCAGUAAAUAUUAUAUUAUAUUAUACUUCUCAAGUAAUGCAGAGUUUUGUUCUUUAUUUUAUUUUUUGUAUUUUUCAGUCUUGGUGAGAGCAGGUUGAGGGCUGAGGAAGAAGAGGUCAAUUUCCUGCUCGUCUUUCAUCAGCAUGAAUCAGAUAUUUGUUUAGUAGAUAUAGUUUUUCUUCUCAGUCAAAGCAAAUGAAAAUUUGGGGGGGAAAUAGUACAUAUUUCAAGUCAUGGAUGGGGAUUUAAGUUUUUCCAGCAGCAAAAGUGAGGUUCUGUUCCUGGGAAACAGCUCCACCCAG